AGCUCCGGUGAAAACCCUGGCGCUCGGAGCCCCAUUCGUCAAAACCCCAUGGCAACGAACGGCGUGGCCAUGGCGGCCGUAGCACUGGCUCGCCUCCUUUGGGCGACUGCGGCAGAGGAGCUUUCCUGUGUGGAUGAGAACUGUGGUGUGAACCUGGUGCAGAUCCAGAUUGCAAAGGCUGUGCAUCGAAAGACUGAUUAUUGGUAUCCCGGCCGUGCGGUGGACUACAACCGCUCGGGCUACAGCGAUGCCACCGGGCCUUGGCCUCUGAAGGCACCCAGCUGGAAGUUCGAGGAAGCUGGCAUGAACUUCCAUCAGACACCCUGCAUCGACCACGAGCGGAACAUCUACACGGGCAGCGACCAGGGACGGAUCCUGAGCUUCGAUGCCCAGGGCUCCAAGCGCUGGGAGGUGCAAGGCCCAUCAAGAGCAUGUCAAAAUCCUUUCCUCUACGAUUCCAAACUCUACACCUCCUGUGAUGAUGGCUCCGUCAUGGCCUUGGACAUGACCGACGGUCGGAUCCUCUGGCACCGACAGCUGGAAGAGGAGCUGCCGGAUGACACCUACAGUAUGACAGCUACAGAAGAGUUUCUCUUUAUGCCAUACGGCUAUCAAAAAAAUCUCAUGAAUCCCAAAGAUCGCACCGGCUCGCCGGCGGUGGCCUUGCUGCGGCGCUCGGACGGCAAGCUCUUGUGGACCUUCGAGGUACCAGGCUCCUCCACAGUGAACCUGGCGCCCUGCAUGUUUGAGACCUCCGUUAUCUUCAACGAUGUGAGCGGUGGCAUUUAUCACUUGCGCUUAUCCGAUGGCUCGGUGAUUUGGAAGAAGGAGGCCCUCUCGCCUGGCAGCUAUACCCUGGGCGGAGUGUCGUGCAGCGCGGAUGGGAAGGUCUACAACGGCUUUUCGGUGGGGACCGGUAAGAAUGAGACAGGUGGCCUCCAAGCGCUCAACAUCAGUACUGGUGAGCGGAUCUUCACCAAGCAGUUUAGCGCCGCAGUGCACAAUGCACCCGCAGUGGGGAAGGUCUAUGGACACAACCGUUUAGCCGUCGUCUUCGGCAUGGGCGAGCCUGCGGGAGUGCCCAUUGGCCCUCCACGGCACGUCAACGGCACCGUCUUCGCAGCAGAUGCGGAGACGGGUGAGGUGCUGUGGAGCUUUGAACCCGCCGCUUGGGAUGGUGUGGGGGUGGCCGGGUCCACCAUGGACCAAAUCUGCCUUCCAGACCUCUUCUCUGCCGCGACCAUCUCCAAGGAUGGAACCGUGUACAUUAACUGGUCCGCUGGUGGCGUCACCUAUGCCCUUCGAGAUGUCAACAAGGAUGGCCUUUGUGAUUUGCACGACCCGGAGGAGGUCUCAUUCGUGGACCUGGGCAGUGGCGCGACGGGGCCUCCGGCCAUCGCAGACCACAUGCUGUUUGUGAACACCUGCAGACGUCCAAGUGCUUUCCUGGACUAGACGAGCCCGAUAGGCUCCAAGGUCACACCUUGGCGGCGGUCCGUGUGUGAGGCAUUGACGACUGCAGAGCAACUGCAGAACUAGGCAGAACUGGAGUGAUUCGUGCAGAGUGCCCGAUCGAGAUUGAGACAUGUGAC